CGCAAAUUUAAAAUAAGUUAAACCCUGAUGGAACACACCAUGAUGAAACUUUAUUCAACACAAAUCACCGUUCAUCUUCUCCUAUCCUUCCUUUAAGCUUGCUCUUCUCCUCUCUCUUUGAUUCGAGUUGAAAAUAGGGCAAGUGUGACUUCUCCGUCGUUUCUGCUUUGUCGCCACACGCGUCGCACGAGCUCCUUCUGUCACUGCUCGCUUGCACGAGCUCCCUCUGCCGCCUCUCAGCUUAUGUCUCUCUCUGUCUCGCGCCAUCCAUCCUCGCCGUUCACAGCCUCGUCGAGUCAUCGUGUCACCAGAUUUGAAACCUACAUAUUUUUGUUCUUGAAUCUUCUUCAAGGUUCGAAUUUGGUUUUGAAAGUAGCUCCAUUAAUUGUUAUGGCUAAAAGUUUUGCGUUGAAGAUAAUGUAUUGUGCCUUCUGCCGUUCUGCUUCUGAGCUUGCUCUAGGCCUGGUGUGUGGGGAAAUGGUGGUCAAGUGUAGCAAAAUUAUUUCCUCAUCAAACUAUUCAUUUCAUAUGGUUAAUGGAAUUAUUCAAGAUCGGAUCAAGAGAAAGCUUAUAUAAAUAGCAUAUGAAACAACUAGCUCAAGUUCUUGGAAGUGAGGAAGAGGCUAAGAAGAAGAUAUACUCUGUUUCCACUACUUGGCGCCCUCAUUUCCGAA